GCGCCACCUGGUUGCCCGGUGACGGGAACGGGACCGGCAGCGUGGCCAUGGCUCUUUUCCAUAUGAACAGGUACCUGGGUGAUGAUAAACCCACCAACAGUCUGGAUGACAAAUCCCGAUCCCAAAUUCUACUGCAGAAGCUUCACCAAGAAGCCAAAGCCAGGCAGCAGCUACUGGUAAUCAAGACUGACACCACAGAUGCCAAACAGGAAGAGAACUGGGAAAGUGAAAUUGUGAAGGAGAGGAAAAGGAAAGCAAAGGAAGAGGUGUCAAUUUCAGAAGAAAGUAGGAAGAAAACAAAGCAAUUAUCUCGAGGCAACAAGAAAAGCGGAAGAAAAUCAAAAUCCAAUGAAGGCUGUGAUGCAGAGCUUGUAACUGAGACGUUAUGCGAGGAGAAUGUAAACAUCAGUGGUGGAAUAAAGAGAGAAGGUCACCAUAAGUAUCACGGCACAAAGGCCACAGAUGAAGUUACUGAUGAUGAUUCAAGACCAUUGAAUGUAUCUGGAGAACUAAUUAAGCUGCAAGGAAAGAAGAAUGAAGAUUUGGAGAAAGCAGAGCAACACGAAGGAGAAAAAGAUCAAAAUGAUAAUCAGAUAUCAACUGUUCCCACAUCCACAUUCACCAUCUUAGGAGGUUUUAUGAGGAAAAAUAUUCAAAAGGUACAGCGUGUUUUACCGCAGUGGCUCUCCAAACCUACCUUGGUCAACAAAGAUAUCAAACAGAAUCUUAUAGGAAUUGAGGAUGUUCCAGGAAUCCACCCUAAACUAAUUCAGAAGCUUCAAGCUAAUGGGAUCCAUUCCUUCUUCCCAGUUCAGGCUGAGGUGAUCCCUGCCUUGCUGGAAAGUUCAAAGCAUGGGCUUACACUGGGCAGAGCAGGCUACAGGCCAAGUGAUAUCUGUGUGUCUGCACCAACUGGUAGUGGCAAGACACUGGCAUUUGUUAUUCCUGUUAUUCAGGCAUUGAUGGACUGUGCAGUGUGCAGAGUUCGAGCCUUGGCCUUAUUGCCUACGAAAGAACUUGCUCUACAGGUGUUUAAGAUUUUCUAUACCUACGCUGAAGGCUUAGAUUUAAGAGUAGUAAUCACUGCUGGACAAAAACCCUUUGCUGUGGAGCAGUCCUCUCUUGUUGAACAUACAAUUAUGGGUUACCGCAGCUUGGCAGAUAUUGUAAUUUCAACUCCAGGACGUCUGGUUGACCACAUUACCAAAACAGAUGGAUUCAGUCUACAGCAUCUCCGAUACCUGAUCAUUGAUGAAGCUGAUCGAAUGAUUGACAGUAUGCAUCACAAUUGGCUGAACCAGGUGGUGAAGGAAGUAUACAAAGUGGAUGAAUUAUCAGCAUCAGAUGUCCUUUUUCAGAGGGUGGAGCCAGGUGUCUGCACAGCUGUAAGCCACUCCCGCUUGCAGAUGCCUCUGCAGAAGUUGCUGUUCUCUGCUACCAUCACCAAGGAUUCUGAGAAGUUGCAACAGUUGGCACUGCACCAGCCUCGGCUCUUUACUGCCAGUUACAGGACACAGGAGCAGGAACCACAAGCGACCCUGGGCAAGCAACAGCCACCAGUUAACUCUGUGGAAAACAAGUACACCUUGCCUGAGGGAUUGACAGAAUUUUAUGUCCCAUGUUCACUCAACAAGAAGCCUCUGACAGUCCUCUACUUCAUCCUGAGAAUGAAGUUCAGUCGAAUCCUGUGCUUUACUAAUUCCAGGAAUGCAUCUCACAGAUUGUUCCUAUUGCUUCGUGCCUUUGGUGGUGUUCAUGUGGCAGAGUUUUCUUCUAGACUAUCACCCAAUGAAAGACAAAAAACACUGAAACAAUUUGAACAAGGAAAGCUUCAAAUACUGAUCAGCACUGAUGCCACUGCCAGGGGAAUUGAUGUGAGCAAUGUUACAUGUGUGAUUAAUUAUGAUGCUCCACACUUUAUCCGAACAUAUAUCCACAGAGUUGGUCGAACAGCUCGAGCUGGGAACACCGGGCUUGCGUUCACACUCCUUCUAAAGGUGCAGGAGAGACAGUUUCUUCAGAUGCUGAGUGAUGCUGGCAGCACUGAGCUGAAAAAGCAGCUGGUGAGACCAGAACAAUUGAGGCCCUUCAUUCCGCGCUACAAAGAGGCUCUGCGAGAGCUUCGUCAGAUCCUGAAGGACGAAAAGAAGAGUCUCUCCAUCUGAAGAAACAAAGUUUAAUGAUGUGGUGAACAUCCGAACCUUAGGAAGUCCUGACUGGAAAUUCCUGACGUGGCCUUGUACAAACAUGUAUAUUAUUUAGUUACUGAUGGAUGGAAACACUUUUACAUGUAAUAAAAUACUGUGGUGAACAGUC